GAGAGAGAGAGAGAGAGAAAGAGAGAGAGAGAGAAAGAGAGAUAGAUAGAGCGACACACUGCGGUAGAGUCCCGGAGGACUUUCCAGUACUCGAGAAGACCGGUGACAUGGAGAAAUACGGCAUGGACUUCCCGAAACGAGAAUGGAGCCACAGGCUAAGUCUUCGUGGGAGUCGAAGGGCUUACGAGAGCGAUGUCGGGCCCAGAGCGAGCGGCGUGGGAGCGCCUAAGACCACCAGGAGAUGGGCUAGUCUCAGACAACACGUGAGUACCGGCAGUAACGGCGGCAAACCCCGCGUCGAAUUACUAUUCGAUCAGUCGGGUUCAAAACCUUCAACCCCGUCCUCGCAACCGCACACGCCGAACACGCCGAAGACGCCGCACACUCCGCCCAUCAAAAAGUCCAAUUGGGAGGUGAUCGAGCACUUCACCGGCGCGCCGCGUCCUUCAAUCAUCACGGUGGCCAGAGGCUCGGAGGCUGGCAUGGGGCCGACUAUCGAGAAGGAUUCCGCGAUGGAGGCCGCGACGAACGCGGACAUCACGCAGCGCACGCGAAAAUGCGCUCUGAGCGGGUUUCUGAGCUCGUUAUGCGCCUCCCAUCGCUUCAAGAAUCUCCAGGUCGAAAUGCUAUACCAACGCUACUUCUUGCACAUGAAUCAGAGUAACAUGACACACGUGCUCGGUCUAUUAGCCGGUCUGGCGCUUGCAUUGGGCCUACUACUUAUCGUGAAACUGACGCUUACCAGCAAACACUCGCUCCUCACGCUGCUACAAAGACCCGAAAAUCUUUGUCUCGCCGUCACGCUGGUGGCCUGCAUCGUUAUUUACGCCGUUCUGGUGGCGGCCAUCUCCAGACCGGGCAUGAACGAAAUAUGGCUGGCCGGUGUUAGCGGCGCCGUGCUGGUCACUCUGUUGGCUCUGCAGGUGACUCUGAGCAUUCACCUGGCGCCGUUGUCCGAGGUGGGCCGCGACUCCCCGUCCGCCAAACAGCAGGAACAGUUUCGGACCGGCGGACCUCUCGCCGCCGCUUUGGUAGUCUGUUUCUUCAUCUACAUGGCCUACGCGCUUCUGCCGAUUCGACUCAGACACGCCUGCAUAGCCGGCAUCAUUUUCUCGGUCGUUCAUCUCAUCGGAGCUUUGAUCCUCUAUCCGCAGGAUUAUCCAUCCAUAAUGAAGCACCUGCUAAGUUCGAUCGUCGUGGUUGGCGGGACAAACGUAGCCGGCGCAUUGACGCAUCACCCACGGGAAUUGGCGCAAAGACAAGCGUUCCUCGAAACUCGGCAAUGCGUCGAGGCACGUCUGACCACACAACGGGAGAAUCAGCAACAGGAAAGGCUUCUGCUCAGCGUGCUGCCCAGACACGUGGCCAUGGAAAUGAAAGCCGACAUAGCUGGGAAACCGAAGGACACGAUGUUCCACAAGAUCUACAUUCAAAGACACGAAAACGUCAGCAUUCUGUUCGCCGAUAUUUGCGGAUUUACCUCGCUCUCCGAUCAAUGCACCGCCGAAGAACUCGUCAGAUUGCUCAACGAACUGUUUGCACGAUUCGACAGGCUGGCCGCCGAGCAUCAUUGCCUCAGGAUAAAGCUCCUCGGAGACUGUUAUUAUUGCGUUUCCGGACUUCCGGAGCCGCGGCCCGAUCACGCUCAUUGCUGCGUGGAGAUGGGAUUGGACAUGAUCGACGCAAUAACACUUGUGCGCGAGGUAAUGGCCGUGAAUGUGAACAUGAGAGUGGGCAUCCACACGGGCCGGGUUCACUGCGGGGUGCUCGGUCUGAGGAAAUGGCAGUUCGAUGUUUGGAGCAACGACGUGACUCUGGCCAAUUACAUGGAAAGCGGAGGGAUACCCGGACGUGUGCACAUCACGAAGGAGACUUUAGAUUGUCUGAACGGAUAUUACGAGGUGGAGGAGGGCCGGGGAGACGAAAGAAAUGCUUACCUGAGAGAUCACAAUAUCAGUACCUAUUUAAUUGUCCCGGGAGAUACAUUCAAGGAUAACAUAACUAGUUCCGGGAUGCGGAAGAACUUUCCGGCGAACGGCAACGUAUCUAAAGAGAUGAGGGUUAUGGGUCACGGCUCGCAACAUGGCAAACAGACCAAAUUAGGUUUCAACGAAAUCCCGGAGGGUGAGAAGGAUCCCGAAGACGAGGUGAACGAGUAUCUGAUGAGAGCGAUCGAUGCCAGAAGCAUCGAUCAGUGCAGAGCGGAACAUUGCACGCCUUUUAUAUUGAAGUUUCGCAGACCGGAUGUCGAGGAAAAGUACUCGCGCGAGAGGGACAGGAUGCUCUCGGCUUAUUUCGUCUGCUCCGGUUUCGUCUACAUGAUCGUUGUGGUCGCGAUAGCCAUCACGCUGGCCGGGGACGUGUACUUUUACGUGUGCACGGUAAUUAGCAUACUGGUGAUAGCCUCGGUCAACGGAAUCUUGUUAGCGGAGAAGAACGAGAGAGUACCGCAGUGGGUGAGAAACGCGGCUCUGCAGAUCUUCGAGAAUCGCAUUGUCGCGCAGAGCAUCGCGACCAUCGUCGUGUUCCUGACGUUCAUCACGGUAUUGUCGCCGCUGAUCGCACUGAAGGGAAGUGACGCCUGCAAUAACACGGCCGCGGAGUGGCUGGACGAGAAAUCCAACGUAAAAAGAAUAUUGACGAUGGAUAUCGAUACACCUUCGGAACCCUGUUACUAUAUUCUUUUCUGCGACUUGUUUCCGGUUCUGGUGAUGCUGGUUAUGGUGACCUGCGCGGUGUACCAGAUUCUGACAUCGGUCUUUAAAGUAGCCGUAUUGAGCAUCGUUGUGGCGUGUUAUCUCGGGGUCAGCAUUAACCAGGCGCUAAAUGAGGGCAACGUCGAGUACGCUGAAAGAUGGUUGGCGGGCGUUCUGGUGGUUUUCUUCAUGGCCUGCCUAGUUGCGCACUCGCAGCACACAGAGACGACCUACAGAUUAGAUUUCCUGUGGAAGCUGCAAGCGACCGAGGAGAAGGAGGAAAUAGAACACUUGAAGGCCUACAAUCAGAAACUGCUCGCGAAUAUACUUCCGGAGCACGUGGCCGCCCAUUUUCUGUCCACCGUCAAUUCAGAUGAAUUAUAUCACGAACAAUGCGACUUCGUCUGCAUUAUGUUCGCUUCGAUCCCGAACUUUUCCGAAUUCUACGUGGAGCUCGAGGCCAAUAACGAGGGAGUGGAAUGUCUCAGGCUGCUAAACGAGAUAAUCGCUGAUUUCGACGAGCUACUCGCCGAGGAACAAUUCAAGUACAUCGAAAAGAUCAAGAGUACCGGCGCCACGUAUAUGGCCGCUUCGGGCUUAACGAAAAGUACUUGCGACAUGCGGGAUUUCAAGCACGUAGUCGCCAUGGCGGAUUACGCUUUGAGGAUCCGCGAGCAGCUGGCCUACGUCAACGAGCAUAGUUUCAACAACUUCCGUAUGCGUGUGGGCAUCAACAUUGGACCGGUGGUCGCCGGCGUGAUCGGCGCCAGGAAGCCGCAGUAUGACAUCUGGGGCAAUGCCGUAAACGUGGCCUCCAGGAUGGAUUCGACGGGCGUGCUGGACGGGAUUCAGGUGACCCAGGAGGUGCGCGAUAUACUGGCCGCGAAAGGAUAUCCGCUCACCUGUCGGGGAACGAUUCAGGUCAAAGGCAAAGGCAGUAUGGUAACUUACUUCCUGGAUGGUCCGCGUAACAGCGCGAAGACAGCCAGUCAAACAACGGACACCGUUGGGACGAAUUCCAACAACAACACCGACACGGAUCAGAGAACAAUCGUCAACAACAGCAACGGAAUUGUCUAAUUUGGUAUUUGCUUACAAUUGAAACGUUGAUGAACGAAGUUGGGGAAAACGAUUUUAUCUCUUGCGUUCUAUACAGAACAAGAGAUAUCUCGCGUUCUAUAUAAACGCGAAACGUAUGUAUGUAAUUAUACGUUUACGAAAGAGAUAAAAUUAAACAGUCGCGUUUUUGGCAAACAUUUCAAACUACAUAUAACAGCGUAGGUACGUGUAUAAAAAGCGAAUCAAUUAUAAAACGCGCGCGCGAACACAUCGUGCUUUACUACACAACGGUCGGUCACAGACUAAUCAACGACUGCAAAUUCAGCAAUUAACGAUUUAACGCGCGAGUGUGAACACGAUUCGCGUGUAUAAAAUUCGCGAUUCUUCUAAUACGCGAAUGUAAUUAAAGAUUCAAUUAACGAACGUAGCGUACCGUGGAAAAUUGAGCCUCCUCUCGCCAAGAACAACAUUAAUUUCAGAUCGCAUUAUGUAAAUAUUUGAAGUACUUUAACAGUUCUUGCGUGUCUGUGUGUGUGUGCGUGUGUGAGAGAGAGUGAAAGAGAGGCUUUUUUGCAUGUGGACGUGUUAUUUUAUAUAAUUAAUAAAUGAAUAAUGUUAACAGAAAGAGAGAGAGAGAGAAAGAGAGAGAAGUGUGUAUAGAAACGGUUGUCGAGCGACAAUAUUUUUUACGGAAAAAGAAUUGUCGCUACGUCGGACCGUAACGAUCGGUCAUUUUUUAUUUCUGUACUCUCGAGUCUCCGAAAUGUGGCCAAUCGCGUUACGGAGUUGAGUCGAGUGCUCGUCGUUCGUUGCAAAACGUUGUCAAUCGAUCUCUCGUGAAUAGUCGCGUUAGUUCUUAAGUUUCAAGGCGAGCGAAGUAUAAUCGACACUCUGCGUGAAACUCCGACAUUCUGGUGGAUGAUUUCGUGUAAAUUUCUCGCUUGAUCACAUGCCAACUCUCAAAUUAGAAAGCUAAAAACACGCGCGCAGCCUUGAGGAUCAAUCCAUCAAAGAGUUCAAAUUGACAAGUCGCUCUGCAAACUUGCAAAACUCGUUCCUCUUUUUUUUUUGUGCGAACGAACAUACUCUUUGUGCGAUUACGGAAACACGAAACAAACAAAAAAAAAAGCACGUUGGGAGCAAGAGUUGCAUCACUUGACAGAGAUAAACUAAAACUAAGCGAUCAUUAAAUAAUGAGAUAAGAAAGACGCGCGCGCGUGUAACUUUUCUACCACAAAAUGCCGGACUUUGGUGAUGAAAACAUACCCGGGAGCGACAACGCUCCUCGUACUGUACUUAAGUUGUGAACAAUGUAUGUCGCGUACUUUGAACAAUGCCUACACACGUUGCAUGUGAUCGUUUUGUAAUAUUCGGUUCUGCUCUUGAACGCUACAUGUGUGAACAUUUAAUUAAUAACGAGAGAGAUAUGCCAUUGUCUUUUUAUUGACAUUUUUCUGAGACGGAAGAAGCGCGAUCGUGUAGAUUUAAGUGUUCGAAACAGUUAUUAAUAUUAUUUUGUCGUCUGUAACGUGUCCAACAAACAGGGCCUUUCUGCAUAAUUCUAGUCAAUAUGAGAAGAGCUUUUCAUGAGUAAAUAAAUAGUCGGAGAGAGAAAGAGAGAGAAACAAAAACCAAAUAUAAAAAAAAAAAAAAGAAGAUUAAAUCUGAUACAACGAAACCGUGGACGAACGAAUCUUAUACAAGUAUACAAGUAUAGUAUCUUGUAAACCGUGUGUUUUAACAAGAAGGGGACCACCAAGCAAGCUAAUUGUAGCUGUCUUUGUGAAGAACGUGAAAAAGUUCGUUUCAUUUUAUAUAUCCAUCUCCGUUUUUCGUGAUUAUUAAUAGAUAAUAUGUUAUUAAUAGAUUAAUAUAUGUAGAUAUGUAGCAUAAGUAUGAAAAGAAGAGAAAUUUAUAAUUUCCCAAUUUAAAGAAAUUUAAGAAUUCGCCAAAGAAUUAUCUGUUGUAUGACAGAUGUGAGAAAAAAUUGUUAUAUAUAUAUCUUUUACAUUCAGUGCUACAACAAAUAAUUUAUUAUAUUACUAAUUACACUGAAAUUAUAAAUUCGUUUGUGUUCUGAAAUGAAGAAACGGCCCGUUGUGCUCGUCCGCAGCUAGAAUUCACCAUCCUAAUUUCCAAAAUUUCGGAAGGAUCUCUGUGUAUAGAAAGAAAAGAGGAAAAAGCAAAAUUGCAUAAUUAAAACUACAGCAGAUGUAGAGAGAGAAAACAUUGGACGAACGAUGUUCUACACUAGUUAAAUUCCCGGUGAGAAUUUAAUGAAAUUAUAUACGCGAUGUGUUUACACACACACACACACACACACACGCGCGCACAACGUAGCGUGUCGACUAAUGAAUAAUAUUCAAAAUAAUAGAUAUAUUGAAAACAAAAAUUAAAUCUUUAGUGUAAUAAAAAUAAAUAAAUGUACGUGUGCUAUUUAAAAAGUAAAUAAAGUUUUAUUGGAUUUGUGUCGAUGUUUCAAGUACGUUAGAAAAGAAAGAUCGUUGAGUGUGUCUAGUCAUCUCCGUGCAAAAAAAAUAAACAAGAGAUUGUUUUUUUUUUUUUUUUUAAAUUAAAUUCACGAAAAUAUCGAAAUUGUAUAUCGCGAUUUUCGAUGAAUAAUUGCAUAUGUUGUGUAGAAACCGAUCGUCCGACGAAACAGAAAAUAAAAAAAAAACUGUGAACUGAACAUUUAAUUCCUGCAGCAUUUAAUGUCGAGUAGUAGACUAUAGCAACAUUCUCGCGGCAUGAAUAUAUGUAAAUAUGCGUAUACUUGAGAAGCUUGUGUAUAAAAAAAAAAAAAGAUAACUCCGUUUGCGUGCUGCGUGUAUGACCGUGUGUGUGAUAAGUGGCCAAAAAGUGUGAGUAUGCGUAUACAGAGUAUAUAUAAACACAGAUGUUAAUUAUAUUGAUGUAUAACUAUUGACUCGAUCCUAUCGAUCAAACUAUACAUAUCGAUCUUCUCUGUAUGUGAUUCUUCCUAAACGACGACUAAAGACAAAACUAUAUAUUUGUUAUAGAAAAAGAACAGUAGAGAGCACGUGUAUAAGAAGUAUUUUGACAAGUAGAAUCGAUCAAAAAUUUACAAAGAUAUGAUAGAACAACUAAAUAUGUCGCAUGCAAUUAAAUGUAAUUUGAUGAAAAUGAGACGCGUUGUCUGUGAAAAAUAUAGUACGCGUUUAAAAAAUUGAGUUAGAAAAACGCUGAUUUUUCGCAUUCCUAUCAAAAACACGCGUGUUACGAAAGAAUUCAACUUUUUUGACGUCUUGGUGUAUCGGACUAAUUAUCGCUAUCUCUCGCGUGUCAUACGUCCAAUAAUUAUUACAGCCUAUUAGCGUAAAACAAAAAAAAAGUUAAUCGCGUCCAAACAAAAUUGGCGAUAGCCACUGACACUCUGAAAUGAAAAAAUUAACACGAUACGCUUUAUACGUUAGUAAUAUUGCGACAAAAGAUUCAAACCAAAAUAUUUUGCAAAUGUGAAGUUUGAUGUGAUAACAAAAAAAACACCUAAUUUUUUUUCAUGUUUUACUUGAAAUAUAUGUAAAACUCGGAGCAAUUGUUGAGAUGUCAUGUACGAAGGAAAAAAUGGCUCGUACAAAAGUGUUCGGAGUUACAACAAAAAAUUACUAUUUUAGAAAAUGUCUUGAGAAUUUGGCGUGUAUUGCGUAAUAAUCGAUAAUUGUUAAUAUAAUCGAGAUGAUUUUGUUUUCUUCGAUCGCACACAGCGUCUUUCCUCUCAGAUUUUUACACAUCUUGCCUAUGAAAAAAAAAAAAAAAAAAAACGCAGAAAAACUUAGUCUAACGACAUCGAAAAAGUGUGUGUUGUCGCGCGCUGGUCUUAUAAUAGUUAAUAAUUUAAACGAUACCGAUUGUAUGUACACUACGGAGGAAAGGCUGCUGGUUACAAUCGAAGAAAUACUCAUAGACAUGAGAUAGAAAAAAAAAAAAAGAAACAGCGUACUAUUUGUUAUUGCUCCAAAAAAAUCAUAUUGAUAUAAACUUUGAUGGCCUAAAAGAUCAAUUUUUUCUGAAAAAAA